AUGGAUGCACAAGCCGCCGCGGCACAAUUUCCACCCGGAUAUCUGGAAAAUUAUAACGGACACAAACUCGUCGUUACUUGUAUCGCUUGUAUUAUAUUAAAUAUAUUCUUCGUCUUUGCGAGAUUUGUUUCCAGGUGGCUUCACAACACACCGCGGGGUUGGGAUGAUUUUCUUAUGAUGCCAGCCUUAAUAUUUUCCGUAUUGCUUGCUGCUCAGGGUCUCGUCGGAAUAAAUUACUGCGGAGUAGGCUACCAUAUUGAAGCUAUUGAGCUGAGCGCUCCCUCAAAACUCCUCGCCCUCUACAAACUCUUGAUGUUCUUCCCCGCCACCUACGCCAUCGCUGUCACCUUUCCCAAACUCUCCAUCCUCGCCAUGUAUCUCCGUAUCUUCACGGUUCCAUUCUACCGCAUGAUAACCUACUUUGUGAUCUACAUCCUCGUCAUAUCAUCCACUAUUUUAUUCAUGAUGAUGCUCUUCCAAUGCACACCCGUUGAUUAUUUCUGGGACAAAACAAUCGUGGGAGGAAAAUGUCAUUUUGAUAUCGAAAAGCUAUUUUUAUAUGCUAGUUUACCGAAUAUCACUACCGAUAUCGUUAUGUUACUACUACCAUUACCCUUUGUUUUCAGACUCAACAUGACGAGGAAGGUGAAGAUCGGGUUGGGCGUUACCCUCCUCACCGGAUCAAGUGGUCUCGCCACAUCUACCCUCCGUUUCGUCUCUUUCGCGAACCAAUCCUUAUUCCCAGAUACUCCCCGCGCAGCCGUCGAUCUUGCCUUAUACACUGUCCUUGAAACGAGCAUGUAUAUCAUUGCGGCUUGUCUCCCGGCCUGUCGACCCCUCUUCAACAUAAUACUCCACCCCUCGCGAAACAUGCCGCAAGAUCAAAAAGACGGUCUUAAUUCCCCCGAAGACCACGCCCGAACCUUACACGACGAUAUCGAGCUCCAGCAAACCAGCGAGACCAGCAGCGGUAGCGAAAACGGAAACGGAAGUACUGGAGGGCGCUACCACGGCAUCGGCGACGGAUUCCGAGGAAUGCAGGGUCGAUUCAAGCGACUAGGCUCCGACGCCGGUUUAUUUCUCGGACGGCGAGACAUUUCUCCUCCUCCCUCAUCUCAAUCGGACCCACACUCCCAAUCUUCCUCGGCCCCCUCUCACUCCCCUCAACCCCAAGAACGCGAUCCGGACCGUCAAUUUUCAGAGCAAGCCGAGGGACGUUUCGGUCUCGGUCUCUCAAAAUUCCGCUCUUCGUCUCGCGAGCGAAUUUUCAAAGCGCCCGUUUUUAAACAACCAUUUCGGGCGCCCGAGCGUGUGCACAUAGCUAAUAUGCAUGUGGGACACAUGCAGAUGAGUCCCGAGGAAAGUAAAGAGAGUCAAGGGGGGCAAGCGAGAUAUGGGAUUCGGGUCAAACAGGAGUUUGAUGUAUAUUAUGAUCGGCCGCCUUUAUGA